UACCAUGGAAUCCCAGGAUUUCAUGAGUAAAUCGCUACCUCUGAAUACUGCCUACUAGAUUCCUAUCGCAUCAUGGAUACUACUUCCUGUACUACUAUAGUACUAGCACUGCUAUGGCUCUACCUAUGCUGCCAGGCAUUGGGUUCCUUGGUUGCUUUGAUAGCCGAAUUAGACAAUAUUCCAGCAGUAUCCACUACUACUACACUAUCCACUGUACUGCUCGGAAUAUGUCUAUGGCAAUGCAAGAAGGCAGGGUACCUCGUAUCACCAAUGACCUGGUACCACUGGGUACUACUGGUACUACUAGUAAUACUACAAGUAGUGGCCAUAGUACUGGCAUUACAGGAGCGGAUAGGUUUGGAUCUAAAGGAUCACAUAUUUGACGAACCGACAUAUUACAUUUACGGUAUAUCAGUGGCAUUACUGGUUAUACUAGGUAUACUCGGUGGUACCCUAUACUGCGGCUGGAAGUGUAAUCUGUUUUGUAGACCAUGUUGCAAAAGUCAGUACAUUUGCUAUGGUAGUGCAAUAGUGGGCGUACUAGUGAUAUUAUUAUUAGUGGUAGUAACCGGCUGGCUGAUUGGGAUCUAUGGUAAAAAUACGCUUCACGGAAGAGAGCCUAGCGAGUUAUCGGCUCCUCAGUACCUGGCUAUAACAUUGAUACCUAUCACUCAGAUCUAUACCAUGGCAGUAUUAUGGAACACUAUAUUCAGGUUGCCAUAUACAGUACCGGAAGUGGUUGCCCUGAUAGCAUCUGCAGUGGCAGCAGCAUCCCUAUUGGCAUUGGCAGUACUGGGCAUUUUCAAGAAGCACACCAGUGGAACAAUCACAGCAAUGGAGUAUUCCUUUCCAGCACUGCAUAUCAUAGCCCUGGGCAUUACCUGGUACUGCCUAGAAUAUAAAAAGGUAUUUCACUGGCCCAAAAAUCACAUGUGCUUUGGGCUAUUGGCGGUGACACUAUCGGUCACACUGGUACCAAUAGUAAUAGCAUACUCCAGGGAUGGCAUGCAAAAGGAUGUUGGUGUGAAAUACACCAUGAUCGGCUACUCACUACUACUAAUGAUACCGACACUGUGGUAUGCAUACCGAUGUAAUCUAUUUAAAUGGUGCCUCCCCAAGAAGAAGGGUCUCAAGGGUACUGACACUGCUGAGAACACGGUACGAGAAACUGAUAUCGCAAAGGAAUCGUAGUGGUGGAUACGUCUAUAUUACUACACUAUUACCAGUGCCACCCUGGGAUAAUGACGGCCCAAC